AACCGCCACUCGCCCUCGCCCUCGCACGUUGCACAACAUAGCCGUUCGCCACCGCCAGUAGUCGCGUCGGCGCGCCGCACCUUUUCAACGUUAUACCAGUAACCAUUCGGUCCGUACGUAAUAGCAGUAAGCCGUUGUUCAGUUGUUGUCGCGGUUGAGCGGUGUGGUACACGCGACGGGCGAGUAAAAUCACGAACAGAAUAACAUUGUCAUCGUUUUAUACUAUAAGAUAAUAUAUAGUAUUAUGAAAUAAUAAUAUUAAUUUAAUAUCGCUUGAAGACAAAUAAUUGAGACGACCAAAUAUUCCAUAAUAUUAUUAGGUAUUAUUGUUUCAUGGCCGAAGCUUCAGUGGCGACGGUGUUGUUGUUAUUGUAAAUUAUUAUGUUAUGAUCACCGUCGUCGAUUCAGUGGCGGCGCGUGGUGACUAGUGAGAUAACAGCGUACCUAUUGCGCAAUCCUACUCUCGGGGACAAAACGAUCAAACUCGACGUCUCUUCCAUAUUGUCCGAUAUUUAUAUAAAUACCUAUAAAUACGUCCAUUAAUGGCUGCACUACUCGAGCGUAACCGCUUUGACGGUGACCGCGGCGGCAGUUGUGACCGCGGUGGCGGGUUUUAUCGGCUGUUCGAAUCGCGCCCAUUCAGCGGAGGUGAUGACGACAGUCUUAUCGUAGUUGUUGUUAUUGCUGCUUCUACGGUUGUUGCGUCCACUACGGCGAUGGUUCGCAGCGAGACGCGUCAGUGAUCGCGACUCAAAUAUUCUAUGGACAGCGACGACCACCAAUUACAAAAACAACAUCAGCGGCGGCGGAGGUCGACAACGGCCGUCCUGCUACAACAGCCAGGCGUAAGGUGGCGCGCGGUGCAACCAGCGAGGAGGAGUUGCUCGGCCGUAACCGAAAGGGACGUGAUGAUGGUGACCGCUGGCGCGUGGCAGCCGUCCCGGCAACAUUCAGUCACUGCCAAGAGAUCGUCCAGAGUUUACAGAGAAUUGUGUUCGGCAUGGAACUCGCGUGUGGGCUCUCAAAACACGAACGCACCGGCCCACAGAGUUCAAGCGCUGUUCAACGACCUAGGAUUGUACCUGACCUCGGCCCAAGUCGCUGAAAUGAUGCAGUGUGUGAUGAAAUGUGCCAAUAGAAGUUCGUCGGUGUACAUGACAUUUGGCGAAUUUUGCUUGUUAGCUAAGAAACUCAAAAACGGCUUGGAUAGAGGGAUACCAAGAUCUGUGCAGUUUUCACGGCUGUUAGAAAAAGAUCAAGAGAAACACAUCAGAGGAAUAAAAAAAAACUCGAGAAGUCUUAAUAACUACGACGUGUUUCUGGGCGGCUCCUGCAAUCCAACUACGUGGCGCAAGGACUUGGCCAUACCGUACCUGCAAGAUGCCGGUGUAUCAUUUUACAAUCCGCAAGUGGAUCAUUGGAGCCAAGAUCUAAUCGAAAUCGAACAUGCGGCCAAAGAGAGUGCGGCGAUACUGUUCUACGUGAUCGACAGCCAGACCAGGAACGUGGUCAGCGACAUAGAGACAGCCAAUUUUGCCGCUAACCACAAGAACUUGGUGCUGGUCAUUCAUCCACAAGACGCAGUUGCCGGGUCGGUGAUUGCCGGCGAGCCCAUCUCUUACCGUGAAGCAGAGGACAUUCGUGAUGCCCUGACGAUGCUGCACAAGAUCGCUGCUAACCAAGGAACGCUGGUAUUUGAUAACAUACCGGAAGCAUUGAACAAUGUCAUUCAGAUUCUGAAAGACAAAAACCGUCAAAUCAACGAUACCAGCGAAGACGACACUACGUAUCGCAAGAUCCGUGAUGCAUUUAACAAAUUCAACGUCGAUACGCCGGGGGAGAUUAACAUUUCCCAUGUGACAAGGGCUAUCCGACUGUUGGCCAAUCAGAAUCUGUCUGAAAACGAUGUGCUAAAUUUGACAUCCGAACACCGUGAUACCAAAGAUGUUGAAAGUAACCACCAAGUUUAUUUUACGUUCAACCAGUUUUACGCUAUUGUUUCUAAAUUUCUACAGUUACCAGACAAAAAUAAUCACAGGAAUGGAUUCGACAUCAGUGAUGGGCACUCGUAUCGUUUAAAUGUAGGCAGACCGUUUUACUUGUCACAGGAGAGUGUUGAAACAACAAGAUCUUCAAAGACGACCGAUAUUUAUCUAGCUGGAGAAAGCGGUGAUGAUAUUCGGUGGAGAGAAGACAUCGCCAUUCCCAUGAUCAAAAAAUCUAAUUUAACAUAUUAUGCAGCAUCCAAAACAGAUCUACCAGUAUUAAUAGAUGCGCGUACUUUAUUAUUUGUAAUUCCAAACAAUUCAAGAUCUUUGGCAACCAUGACACUAGCAGCAUAUUGUAUAGCUAAAAGGUACAAAAUGGUGUUAUGUAUACAGAAUCUCAGUAAAGAUAAUUGCACAAUUCGUGGUGAAAAGUUAACACAAACGGCAAUCAACGACUAUAACCGCGGACGGAUUUAUCUAGCGGAUUUGGCAUCACGAGAACGAGUGCCUGUGUUUGAAUCAAUCAAUGAAGCUGUUGAAAUCGCAGUGCAAAGAAGCUUAUAGCAUAAUAUAAUCUAUUCUAUAAAUUAUAUUGCACAUAGAAAAUAAUGACCAUUUAAUUAUUUUGAAUUACAUGAAAACUAACAGAAGUGCACGAGCAAAAAUGUUUUUUUUUUUUUUUUUAUCUAUAGAAACUAUUUUAACUUAUAAGUACCAUUUUUUUUUGAAUUUUAU